CUCCGGAGGCGAGGGAGCCGUCUGCAGAGGCUGCUCCCUGGCGCUCAGAGGCGGCCGCGCCGGCUCCGGCUCCGACUCUCAUUCAUUCCGCCGGGUAACAUGAGAGAUCAUGGCCGCCUUCGGGCUUCUCAGCUAUGAGCAGAGACCGCUGAAGCGCCCCCGGCUGGGGCCGCCCGACGUCUACCCGCAGGACCCCAAACAGAAGGAGGACGAACUCACGGCUGUGAACGUUAAGCAAGGCUUCAACAAUCAGCCAGCAUUUACUGGUGACGAACAUGGCUCAGCCAGAAAUAUUGUAAUUAACCCAUCCAAGAUUGGAGCUUAUUUCAGCAGCAUAUUAGCUGAGAAAUUAAAGCUUAAUACUUUCCAGGACACCGGAAAGAAGAAACCACAAGUUAAUGCUAAAGAUAAUUAUUGGCUGGUCACUGCUCGAUCCCAGAGUGCAAUUCAUAGUUGGUUCUCUGACUUAGCAGGAAAUAAGCCACUUGCUAUUUUGGCAAAAAAGGUUCCCAUCCUUAGUAAAAAAGAAGAUGUUUUUGCUUAUUUAGCUAAAUAUUCAGUGCCAAUGGUUCGAGCAACAUGGCUGAUCAAGAUGACUUGUGCCUAUUACUCUGCUAUUUCUGAGGCAAAAAUUAAGAAACGACAGGCUACUGAUCCCAAUUUGGAGUGGACACAAAUAUCUACCAGAUAUCUUCGAGAGCAGCUGGCAAAGAUUUCUGACUUUUACCACAUGGCUUCCAGCACAGGUGACGGCCCUAUUCCUGUGCCUCCAGAUGUGGAGCAAGCCAUCAGGCAGUGGGAGUACAAUGAAAAGCUGGCCUUUCAUAUGUUCCAGGAAGGAAUGCUAGAAAAACAUGAAUAUUUGACAUGGAUCCUGGAUGUCUUAGAAAAGAUCAGACCAAUGGAUGACGACCUUCUUAAACUCUUGUUACCACUAAUGCUGCAGUAUUCAGAUGAGUUUGUUCAGUCGGCCUACCUGUCUCGUCGUCUUGCCUACUUCUGUGCCCGGCGUCUUGCCUUGCUUCUGAGUGAUAGCCCCAGCCUCCUUGCUGCCCACUCACCCCACAUGAUGAUUGGAUCAAACAACUCAAGCAUUGGGGCCCCCAGCCCAGGUCCCCCAGGCCCGGGUAUGAGUCCGGCACAGCUCGCCUUUUCUGACUUCCUUUCCUGUGCACAGCAUGGUCCCCUGGUUUAUGGACUUAGUUGUAUGUUGCAGACUGUCACUCUCUGCUGCCCAAGUGCCUUGGUGUGGAAUUAUUCCACAAAUGACAAUAAGAGCACAAACCCUGGCUCUCCCCUGGAUCUGCUGCAAGUGGCCCCCUCCAGCCUACCCAUGCCGGGCGGGAACACGGCUUUCAAUCAGCAGGUUCGAGCAAGGAUUUAUGAGGUAGAACAGCAGAUAAAACAAAGAGGUCGUGCAGUGGAAGUUCGGUGGUCUUUUGACAAGUGCCAAGAGUCAACAGCAGGGGUGACUAUUAGUCGGGUUUUGCACACAUUGGAAGUCUUGGAUCGUCACUGUUUUGACCGAACUGAUUCCAGCAAUUCUAUGGAGACACUUUAUCAUAAGAUUUUCUGGGCAAACCAAAACAAAGAUAGCCAGGAGAUUGCCCCCAACGAUGAAGCUGUGGUGACACUCUUGUGUGAAUGGGCUGUGAGCUGUAAGCGGUCAGGCAAGCACAGGGCAAUGGCUGUGGCGAAGCUCUUGGAGAAGAGGCAAGCGGAAAUCGAGGCAGAGAGAUGUGGUGAAUCAGAGGUCUUAGAUGAGAAGGAGUCCAUUUCUUCAGCCUCUCUUGCUGGAUCUAGUUUGCCUGUUUUCCAGAAUGUUCUGCUAAGAUUUUUAGAUACCCAGGCCCCCUCACUGUCGGAUCCAAACAGUGAAUGUGAAAAGGUGGAAUUUGUGAACCUGGUGCUGCUCUUCUGCGAGUUCAUCCGCCACGAUGUCUUCUCCCAUGAUGCCUACAUGUGCACCCUUAUAUCUCGAGGGGACUUGUCAGUUACUGCCUCCACUCAGCCUCAGUCACCAGCAGGAGAAAAUGCAGAUGAACACUACCCAAAGGACCAUGAUGUGAAAAUGGAGGAACAGACUAUUAUGGCACAUAUGGGCAUUGACUCAGGAACCACUAAUAUUUUUGAUGAAGUAGACAAGAGUGACUUUAAAACUGACUUUGGUUCGGAAUUUCCAAUUUUUUCUCCCAUGCCUGGAGAGUCCUGUGAGAAUGCCACUGCUUUGGGCAGACGAAUGUCAGUUAAUGGUGAGAAGUUGCUGAAGAGAGAGAAACCAAGGGAGUUAAUUUUUCCAUCUAAUUAUGACCUCCUACGUCACCUGCAGUAUGCAACACAUUUUCCCAUACCUCUGGAUGAAUCUUCAAGUCAUGAAUGUAACCAGCGGACGAUCCUUCUUUAUGGAGUGGGCAAAGAGCGUGACGAGGCGAGGCAUCAGCUGAAGAAGAUUACCAAAGAUAUUUUGAAAAUCCUAAAUAAGAAGAGCACCACAGAGACAGGGGUUGGGGAUGAAGGACAAAAAGUCAGGAAGAACAAACAGGAAACAUUUCCAACACUGGAAACUGUGUUCACAAAACUUCAGCUUCUCUCAUAUUUUGACCAGCAUCAAGUGACAUCUCAGAUCUCUAAUAAUGUACUAGAACAGAUAACAAGCUUUGCGUCUGGAACAUCGUAUCACCUCCCUCUGGCCCACCAUAUUCAGCUCAUCUUUGAUCUCAUGGAGCCAGCUCUGAACAUCAAUGGACUAAUUGACUUUGCAAUACAGCUGCUAAAUGAGCUGAGUGUUGUGGAAGCUGAACUGCUUCUGAAAUCCUCCAGCCUGGCAGGGAGUUACACAACCGGCUUGUGUGUCUGCAUCGUGGCUGUUCUCAGGCGUUACCAUACUUGCCUGAUCCUGAAUCCUGACCAGACAGCCCAGGUGUUUGAAGGGUUAUGUGGUGUAGUGAAGCAUGUUGUAAACCCCUCAGAAUGUUCUUCUCCUGAGAGAUGCAUUUUAGCCUACCUCUACGACCUCUACGUGUCAUGUAGCCACCUCAGAAGUAAAUUUGGAGACCUCUUCAGUAGUGCCUGUUCAAAAGUAAAGCAAACCAUAUAUAACAAUGUGAUGCCUGCAAAUUCCAACUUGCGAUGGGAUCCGGACUUCAUGAUGGAUUUUAUUGAGAAUCCUUCAGCCCGUAGCAUCAACUACUCAAUGCUGGGCAAGAUCCUUAGUGACAAUGCAGCCAAUCGCUACAGCUUUGUCUGCAAUACACUCAUGAAUGUAUGUAUGGGCCAUCAGGAUGCUGGAAGGAUUAACGACAUAGCCAAUUUCUCCUCUGAGCUGACGGCUUGCUGCACUGUUCUUAGUUCUGAAUGGCUGGGUGUCCUGAAGGCUCUGUGCUGUUCCUCAAAUCACGUGUGGGGGUUCAAUGAUGUACUUUGCACUGUAGAUGUGAGUGACCUUUCAUUCCAUGAUUCAUUAGCUACUUUCAUUGCUAUUCUGAUAGCACGACAGUGUUUCUCCCUGGAGGACGUCGUGCAGCAUGUGGCACUGCCCUCUCUCCUAGCUGCAGCUUGCGGAGAUGCAGAUGCUGAGCCUGGGGCGAGAAUGACAUGCCGACUCCUGCUCCAUCUCUUCCGAGCUCCUCAGGCUUGCUUAUUACCUCAUGCAACCGGUAAACCUUUCCCAGGAAUAAGAUCGUCUUGUGAUAGACACCUCUUAGCCGCUGCUCACAACAGCAUUGAAGUGGGAGCUGUGUUUGCUGUCCUAAAAGCUAUUAUGAUGCUUGGAGAUGCUAAAAUUGGCAGUAGCAAUGUCAACCCUUUAAAGAAUGAUGACUUCACCAUGAGGGGUUUACGACGUGAUGGGAAUGCUGAUGAUAUCUGGACUGCCUCACAAAAUUCAAAAUCCUGUGGGAAAAGCAUUUCCAUAGAAACUGCCAAUUUAAGAGAAUAUGCAAGAUAUGUACUGAGGACUAUCUGUCAACAGGAAUGGGUAGGAGAGCAUUGCUUAAAAGAACCAGAAAGAUUAUGCACAGACAAAGAACUUAUAUUGGACCCUGUGCUUUCAAAUAUGCAAGCACAGAAAUUACUGCAGCUUAUCUGUUAUCCUCAUGGCAUUAAAGAAUGUACUGAUGGGGACAACCUGCAAAGACAACACAUUAAACGCAUUCUCCAGAAUCUUGAGCAGUGGACACUGAGGCAGUCUUGGCUAGAACUUCAGUUAAUGAUCAAACAGUGCUUGAAGGACCCUGGCACUGGUUCUGUGGCUGAAAUGAACAACUUACUGGACAAUAUUGCAAAGGCAACAAUAGAGGUAUUUCAGCAGUCAGCCGACUUGAACAAUAGCUCUUCUAGUUCUAGUAUGGGCCUCUUCAACCCAAAUGGUAUCGGAAGUACUGAUAUAAGUAGCAUGAGACAGAGUGGAAUAAAGACAUUCCUAAGUUCCUCUGAACGCAGGGGUGUAUGGCUGGUGGCCCCUUUGAUUGCCAGGCUGCCAACUUCUGUGCAAGGAAGAGUGUUGAAGGCCGCUGGGGAGGAACUAGAGAAGGGUCAGCACUUGGGGUCUUCUUCAAAAAAGGAAAGAGACAGACAAAAACAGAAAAGUAUGUCUCUUUUGAGUCAGCAACCUUUCCUCUCACUGGUCCUUACCUGCCUUAAGGGACAAGAUGAACAACGGGAAGGCCUCCUGACAUCUCUCCAGAAUCAAGUUAAUCAGAUUUUAAGUAACUGGAGAGAGGAACGAUAUCAAGAUGACAUGAGAGCACGGCAGAUGAUGCAUGAAGCAUUGCAGCUACGUCUGAAUUUGGUAGGAGGAAUGUUUGACACUGUACAGCGGAGCAGCCAGUGGACAACAGACUGGGCACUCCUCCUCCUGCAGAUCAUCACUUCUGGAACUGUCGACAUGCACACUAACAAUGAUUUAUUCACAACGGUUCUUGACAUGUUGGGUGUUUUAAUCAAUGGGACAUUAGCCUCUGACCUAUCUAAUGCAUCUCCAGGAGGCUCUGAAGAGAACAAACGUGCAUACAUGAAUUUAGUAAAAAAAUUGAAAAAAGAACUAGGGGACAAGCGGUCAGAAAGUAUUGACAAAGUUCGACAGUUGCUACCUUUGCCGAAACAGACAUGUGAUAUCAUCACUUGUGAACCUAUGGGUUCCUUGAUUGACACAAAGGGAAACAAAAUUGCAGGAUUCGACUCAAUAGAUAAAAAACAGGGUCUCCAGGUCUCUACCAAGCAGAAGGUGUCUCCUUGGGAUUUAUUUGAGGGUCAGAAGAACCCGGCCCCUCUGUCCUGGGCCUGGUUUGGCACAGUGCGCGUGGACCGGAAGGUGGUCAAGUAUGAGGAGCAGCAUCAUCUGCUUCUCUAUCACACACACCCCAUGCCUAAGCCCCGAAGUUACUACCUCGAGCCACUGCCCCUCCCUCCUGAGGAGGAAGAGGAAGAGCCCACAUCUCCCAUCUCUCAGGAACCAGAGAGGAAAUCAGCUGAGCUGUCCGAUCAGGGAAAACCCACAACAGACGAAGAGAAGAAAACCAAAGGAAGGAAGCGCAAGACAAAAUCCAGCUCAAGAGUGGAUGAGUAUCCACAGAGCAACAUAUACCGAGUGCCUCCUAAUUACUCACCGAUUUCCUCUCAGAUGAUGCACCAUCCACAGUCUACCUUGUGGGGCUACAAUCUCAUGGGUCAGCCUCAGCAGCCUGGCUUCUUCCUGCAGAACCAAUCUCUUACUCCAGGUGGCUCCAGAUUGGACCCGGGCUCCUUUGUCCCAACUAAUACCAAACAAGCUCUGUCGAACAUGCUGCAGCGGCGCUCAGGUGCCAUGAUGCAGCCACCCUCUCUGCACGCAAUCACAUCCCAGCAGCAGUUGAUACAGAUGAAGCUUCUGCAACAACAGCAGCAGCAGCAGCAGCGGCUUCUCAGGCAAGCCCAGACUCGACCUUUCCAACAGGGCCAGCCGGGGGACCAGGCUGCUCUCUUUGCUGCACAAGCCCGGCCUGCCCCUCAGCUCCCUCAGUACCCUGGGCUCCCACAAGCACAGACCAUGUCACAGGGCUACACGAUGUAUGGAACACAGAUGCCUUUGCAGCCAAACCCACAGCAGCAGACUGGAAGCUUGGUCCUGUCUCCCAGCUAUAAUUCCAGAACCUAUCCAGCCACGCAUUCCAACCCGGCUCUAAUGGAAAGACUAAGACAGAUGCAGCAGCAGCCAAGUGGCUAUGUUCAGCAGCAGGCAUCGCCCUACUUGCAGCCCUUGUCCAACUCUCAGAGACUGAACCAUCAGUCCCUUCAGCAGAACCCUCUGGUGGGUGGAGGAAUUGAGGCAGUGUUGACUUCCGCGCAUCCCAGCCUUCCCUCGGUGCCUCUAUCUCAGGAACCUAUGAGGCCCAGGCAGCCACAGGUUCGACAGCAGCAGAGGCUCCUCCAGCAAGCCCAGCAGCCCCCACAGCCCCCACAACCCCAGCAGCCCCAGCAGCCCCAGCAGUCCUCACAGCCCCAGAGUCAAAGCCUUGGUCUUCAAGCAAUGCAGCCCCAGCAGCCUUUGUUUCCCAGACAAGGCCUGCAGCAGACCCAGCAGCAGCAGCAGACAGCCGCCCUGGUGCGGCAGCUCCAGAAGCAGCUUUCCAGUAACCAGCCACAGCAAGGAGUGACUCCCUAUGGGCACCCAUCACACUUCUGAAUCUAGAAGAGAACAAGAUAUGAAGUUUUGUGUUUGCACUGAAAAAUAGAACAUCAGAUUUAAUGCAUUAAUCAUUUUUAGAAAAGUUGUCUUCAUUUGUUUCAUUUCUUUGAGGUUUUCCUAUAUUUUAUUGUACAUUACAUAUAAUGGUUAAACUUUAAACAAAAAGCAGAGGAGGGGAAUGUGGUAUGUUUUGGUUACAUUCAACUUUAAAACAGGUUUUAAAAUGUGUAUCAUUUCUACUUACUCUGUGAAGAGAUUGGUUGCAGGUAUUUGAAAUUGGUGCUUUUUUUUUUUUUUUUGAAUCUCAUAGAAAGAAUGAAUUAUUGUGAAAUAUAUAGUAUUUAUGUAUUCAUUAGUCAUUUUUUUUCACACUCUCCCAGACCAAACUACUGAUUUGAAAGUCAAGUCAGAUCUUGACAGAAAAGUGACCCGUUUAUUCUGCAUUCACCUUUGAUGGUGAAAUGGACAUUUAUUUGCAUCGCUCUAAUUUGAAAUGUUUGUAAUUUCAUAAGCACUUUAUAAACUUCAUUCUUAUUUAUGUAGGAUUUCUCUUUGCUUUUGUUGUGGUCAAAAGGUGCUGAAGCAGAUUGUUUCUUAGUACUUAAACUUCUUAGACCAAGAACUUAAACCAAGUUUUUGUGAGAGUCAGCUUAAGAUAUCUGAGAGCCUAGUAGAAGUAGUUAGAUACCGAAUUUGUUUUCAGUGGCAAGAUUAUUGACCAGAGUCUUUAUGAGAUUCAACAUGUAAAUUCUAAUGGCCCAGGCCACAGUGGAAUUAUUCCAAUUAUUUAUUACCAGAUUUUGGCAAAAAUGACUGUCCAGUUUCAGUUCUCCUGAACAUUAUGACAACUUGAGAAAAAAGAUCUCACAGCUAGCUUGAAAUUCCAGUGUGUGACCUUGACCUGGUUUCCAGAUAACCUGGCCCCAAACUCCAAAAGGCUAUGGUUUUCCCAAAAGCUGUAUUUGCUGUUUAUUUUAUAUGGUAAGUAUUUGCUAUUUUCAAUUAUUAAUGUUGGUGUCAGUCUUGGUUGUGUAUUGCAUAUACUGUAUUUAUAAAUUGGUGCAAAAAGCACAAGUAAAUUAUACAUCAAAUUUAUUAUAAAGAAAUAGUAACUAUUUUAACUUUGUUCAAGUAUGUGGUAAUUUGCUCCUAUUAGAGUAAAAAAUACAGUAAAUUAUUAUCAGUUUGUGUAACUUAAGAGUAUUCCAUAUGAUAUUUUUUUAGAUUUAGAUGCAUAAAAUUUUGAAUGUGAAAAUUGCAGGGCAUUUUAAAACAUAGGUGGGGGAUAUUCCCUUGUUCUGUGUUAAUGCAUUUCUUUUGCCAUAUGAUAUUACAUGUAAUGUAGUCAAGCAUACUGUGAAUAGAUUUGUCUAUAAUGAGCAAACCAUGUAGAACUACUUUUUUUAAAAAAAUGUAGCGAGUAUAAAUUUAGUAGUUUAUUCCUUUUGCAAAUCAUUAUAUAAAUGAUUUAUAUCUUCCUAGGUGAGUUACUCAUUGCAAAGUUUGACACAUGCCAUCAACCUCAAAUACAUGUCCGCUUACUUUGCUGUGGCAGCGUCCAUGUGAACUGCUUUGUACACUGUGAACCUAUUUCACUCCAGCCUGCUCAUUUCAUGUUUACUCUGGGCUGGAAAAGACUUUGCCAAAACAUUAAAGACCAUUCUUUUCACUAAAUAACAUAUUCUAUCUUCUUUCAGAAGAUAAAUCUUUACAUUUCAGCUGGUUUUGUAUAUCAGGUUGUUUUUUUUGUUUUGUUUUGUUUUUUUAAGAUCAUUCUUAGAAGUUACAAAGUUAUUUUUCUUCAAAGUAAUAUAUCCACUUUAUAAAGACUGCCUUGGCAAAACAACCGAAAUGUGAAUGUUGUGCCUAGUGAAUGAGUCAUGUUUUGUCUUGAUUGUUGUCUUCUCUUUUCAACAAUUAUUGGUAUUAAAAAAUGCCAAUUUUUAGUUUGAACCACAUUUUUAGCUCAAUAUUGCAAACAGCAGUAAUACUGUUUCAAGAACGAGUGUUGUAAUUGCAUAGCAUUUGUAUGCACUUUAUAUCUUUCAGUUAGUGAAAUUAAUUUAUUAAUCAUUUUGCACAUGUAAUCUGUGGGGUAUACCCUUUUUUGUUGUGUCUUUUUAUUUUUUAAGGUGAGGAAGCUAAGUGAUAGCAAGGCCAUGUAACUCAAAGGUCGUACAGAAAGUUGAGGGGAAAUCUAAAACUGGUUUCCUCCUGUGCGUUAUAAGGAAAACCUUCCACUUAAUCCUCUAUCUCCAGAGGUUACCUUUUAGCAGAUGCAUUACUUUGCAUUACAGUGAUCACAGGGGAAGCCCUAUCUUUUUACAGAAAGUAGUAAUUUGCUAGAGUAGAGAGGAAAUUAUUUUAGGAAAAGAUGGAGAUCCUAAAUUCACUUAAAGAUUUGAAAUUGAUAAAAUCUGGACAUUAAGAAGCCCUAAGACACUCUAAAUUCAUUCUUGCAUUUAUCGUUUAUUUACUCCUCUUAGCUCAAAAGCGGAGAGACAUGACUGUUAGCAUGAGUGUCCUUUCAGCACUUGUGGCCGUGGGAUACAAAUUGUAUAGCAACAAUUAAUAAGACCACCUCUUAGAUGGACCAGCUGAGAGUUGGUGAUGAAAACACAAUGAAAUGAGCUCCCCCAUCUAUCUCAAAUGAUUAGAAAGGCUAACAGAGCUUUCAGUUUCAUGUGCUGUGAUCACUGAGCAAGACCUAUAGUAUUUUAUUCUUUUCACUUAUUAGGCUUCUUUAAUUGUUCAAUAACAGUCAAAUACUUAAAUAGAUGCUGGAGAAAUUGCACUAGAGAAUCCCAGCCUCUAGAAUUAGAAAAGAUGAAUGAUAUAAUGUCCCUCAAAUCAUUUUAGGUUGAAUUAAGCAUGUAAUAUAAAUGAAUGAAUGAAUGAAUGAAUGAAUGAAUAAAAUAAAAAUGUCAAUGAAUUAUAAAAAGCAAUGUUUUUAGGUAGGGUUGAUAAAAUUUGAAGUACAGUGAAACCUCAUUAUAUGUAUUAAAUCUACAUUUUUCUAAGCAUUUUCCCAUCACAUAAAGGAUUAGUAUUUAAUGAAAUAAAAUGCUCACAAAGCAAUGGUUGCCCUCAGAAAAUUUUCCUCAUUAAACACCUCCUAAUCAGUAGUAGCUGAACUAUAAAAAGAAUUUUCAUUGUAUUUUUUAAAACUUUUGAUGCCUCCAUUUGGACAAUGUUGUAAUCAGCUCCCUUUUCACAUUUUAUGGUAUUCAGGUGUGAAGUUGCUUCUUCUAUGUGGAAAAGUUAGCCUGCAUUUAUUUUUAAAUGCAGUUAUUAAAAAAGUUGUGCAUUCCCCAUCAAUGAAAAUUUUCAAGUGUGCACAAAGUAGUGAAUCGUAAUCCAAACAUUCCAUGUUUAUUUCCUGUAGAUUUCAGUAAAAUAUUCAUAAGCCAACCACACAUACAUCAAGAUGGUAAAUUUACAUUGACUGCAAAUUUAAUCUUUCUCACCGUCUCUGUUCUCAGUGCCAUGCCUGUAACAUUGGUAAAAGUGGACACUAGGCAAAUGGUAAUGAAAGAAAAAAGUCCUUUAUUUAAUGAAUUCAGGUACAUUAGCCAUUUGUUAUUUUGUGAGUGACAGUUUUUCUUAAUGUUCAUUGUUAUUUGUUGGCAAAAUAAAAGUGCCUUAAGUUAAAAGGUUUGUUUGAGAUCCAUUAAAGAAAUCAGUAUCAAUUUACAAUGCAUUUCUUUAUGAAGUUUUUUUUGCAUGUCCAUUAAAAAUUUAAUAUUGUAAAUGUAUUCAGUUCAUUUACAUGCCUAUGGCUGCCUUUGAUUAAACAUUCUUCCAAAAAAUAAACUGUCUCCAGAUGUUAACUUUGUUCAAGCAAUUUUCUUUCAUGUUAUAUUACUUGAAUGUAAGUUGUUGCAUAAUUACUGCCAAGUAGAGUCUUUGCUGUGCAUUUAUAAAUUCCAGAAUCUGAAGUUUGAGGGUUCUGAAUAAUUAACAUAGCUUGUGGGUGAAGCUGUUCAGUGUGUCCUUUUAUUUACGAGCAGGGGGUGGUCAGGCAUCUCCCAUGUGAUUUCUGGUUUGGGGACUCCCAAAACUGUUCAGCUACUCAGUGCAGCUGAACAGCUGUUCCUGUCCUUUUGAGGAUGUUCCUGGGUAAGCGAUGGGUAAUUCGGAGAGGGGACGCUACAACCAUUACCGGCACAGUAAUCAGUGCAU